AUGACCUUCCGGAUUUUAGCUGUGAUGCAGAGUGCAGGACAUCUGAGGGUCAAUGUUAGUGGUACCGUGGAGUAUCAAACUUCACAGCAGAUGAUUGUGUUCUGCACUUUAUCUGUGGGGAUAUGCUGCACUUUUCUCUACAUAAACUUUGUUCUGUUGUACAUCUUGAGGAGCAAGCCAGUUUUUUGUGAGACGUCCCGUCACAUUCUGUUGUUUAACCUUCUCUUCACAGAUACUGCCUUUCUUGUGACAAGUUUGUUGCUCUACUUACUUGCUGCUUUCAGGUUGAGGCUGAAAUUGUAUGUUUGUGGUUUGCUUAUAAGCCUUGGUGUUUUAGAAGACAUCGUCUCUCCUCUUACUCUGGCAGUGAUGUCCCUUGAGAGAUAUGUGGCUGUGUGCUUUCCUAUGAGACAUGCAGACCUUGUCACCGUCAGAAACACAGGAGCAGCCAUCGCUGUUGUGUGGACCAUCUCUGGUGGCAAUGUUCUAAUAAAAGGGUUAAUACUUGUUGGUUGGGUAAAUGAUUUGGAUGCAGACACUAAAGACUUCUGCUCGAAAGAGAUAAUGUUCCUGGCCCCGCAGUCGAUUGUAUUUGAUCAAACAUUUCACGCUUUUGUGUUUGCAAUCGGGGGAAUGGUAGCUAUUCUUUCCUAUGUUGGUGUGACGUUGGUAGCCAGGUCAGCCUCGAGAGACAAAGCCUCUGCUGGCAAGGCUCGAAAAACUGUUUUACUUCAUAUGAUUCAGUUGGUGCUGAUUCUAAUCUCUACCAUCUACUCUAGUAUGCUCCUAAGCCUUGCAAGAAUAGUGGACAGAACCACUUUGGUUCGUCUCUACAACAGUUUUUUUGUAUUUUUUAAUCUAUUAUCCAGGUGUUUCACUGCUCUUAUCUAUGGGCUCAGAGACCAAACCAUCAGACCUCUCCUCUUGAAAGGGCUCUGUGGUCAUCUCGAAAGCUUGGCCCCCACAUAA